AUUCGUGUGUUGGAGGCUGUGUUUGGAUUUUCUGUUGAGAUUUUAAUAAACGUCGAUAUGGUUGGUCAGUACUGCUAGAUCAAGAACUGCCAUAGAAGGUCACACGAUCGUUCAGGGAGGAAACUGAACAACGGAAUACGUUUUUUCAGCUUUCCUUCCUGGAAAAAACAACAAGGGAAGCAGGUGGAGGAGCUGACGAAAAGACGCCGGAUCGCGUGGGUUGCCGCAAUCAGGAGAAAAAAAAAUGUACUUUCCAAAACAUCCCUGCAUCAGCGAGAGUGUGAUCGCUGCAUUUUCAGUCAGGACAACCAGCAUUUGAAAUGCUGGACACUCAUCCUGACUGGGCACCAUCUUUGCUUCUGGGCCACAAUGAAGUGAAAGUGAUGAACAAAGAGAGGUUUGCACGUCAGUUAAGAAGACACCUCAAACAUCAGGUAAUUAGCAAGAGGCCAGGAAAGGAAGGGGAGGAGAAAGAACAAGAAGAAAGCACGGAGGAGGUACCACUAGAUGCAGAGGACACAGCACAAAAUCCUGAUAUUCAGAGUGCAGAAAAAUGUGUGCACUGCAAAUCUACGCAUGCUGAACUUAACCGUCUGCUCGAGGAAAACAGGCAUCUGAAGCAAGAGCUCGACAAGCGCAAAAUGACAGAGCAAUUUUUGAAGAAUGAACAUGGCAAGGUAAAAUAUUACACUGGACUUCCAACAUAUGCCAUUUUUCAGGUUUUGCUGUGCCAUAUAAUGCCAUUUCUGCCUCAGGGAAAAAGAAAGUUGACACCUUUUCAAAUGAUCCUUCUCACAUUGAUGGGUCUAAGAUUGGAUCUGCCGAUCCAGCACAUCAGCCAUCUAUUUGGUGUGCACCGAGUAACUAUUAGUGCUGCAUUUCACGACACAUUAAAUGUACUCUACUCACGGUUGUCUCCACUGGUGCAUUGGCCAGACAGAGAGAGUUUGUGCGUCAGUAUGCCACGCCAGUUUGCGGAGACAUUUGGAAAUCGUGUUGAUGCCAUUGUGGACUGCUUUGAAAUUUUUAUAGAAAGACCAUCCAAUCUUCAGGCAAGAGCACAAACAUUUUCAAAUUACAAACACAGGCAUACACUGAAAUACCUCAUCGGCAUUACUCCACAAGGAGUAAUUUCUUUCAUCUCCAAAGGGUGGGGUGGACGGACAAGUGACAAACGAAUAACAGAGGACAGUGGUUUUCUAGACAAACUACUUCCAGGUGACAUGGUACUGGCAGAUCGAGGUUUUGACAUAAAGGAGAGUGUGGGACUGAUGUGUGCUGAAGUGAAAAUACCAGCGUUCACAAAGGGUCGUCAUCAAUUGGAUGCAAAAGAUGUGGAGGAAACAAGAUCCAUUGCGCAUCUCAGAAUACACGUGGAAAGAGUUAUUGGUCAAGUUCGGAAUAAAUACAAAAUUUUGUCUUCUCAAAUUCCCAUAAAUAUGGUUCUGCCAUGUGAGGGUGAGACUGUGGUUUUCUUGGACAAAGUUGUCACAGUCUGCUGUGCUCUUACAAACAUGUGUCCAAGUGUUGUGCAGUGAUUGCUAAAUCAGCUGGUUUGUAAAAACGUUUGUUAAAAGUUGUACAAAGCAAGAGGUGUUGUGUAUUGUAUAUUCCUUGAUGAUUUGUAGGACAGUUGAUGAAUGAUGUUGAAUUUGUGGUUUAUGUUAGCAGAUGAUAAAGACAGGCCACAUUGCAUGAAUCAAAAAUUAUUUUGUUUUCAAUGAACAAUUUGCUUU